GUCAGCUUCUUUCGCAAGGACGAAACAUGGCGGGGACAGCAGCAGGCAAGAAGGUUUUUGAAGUAUUUGUCUCAAAAUUACCAUGGACCGUCGCAACGAGAGAAGUUAAAGAAUAUUUUGGGCAGUUUGGCCAGGUGAAGAAGUGUCUACUGCCAUUUGAUAAAGAAACGGGUUUCCAUAGGGGUUUUUGCUGGAUAGGGUUCUCUACAGAGGAAGGGCUGCAGAAUGUAUUACAGAAGGAUCCUCACAUCAUUGAAGGAGCAAAGCUCCAGGUGCAGAAAAACAGAAAGCCAUUUUCUGGAAGAAAAUCAAACAAAGAAGCAGAGGAGAUCUGAAGAGAAGACAUUAGAAAUGAUCUGAUUUCAAGUGUCAUGUCUUCAGUAACACAGAAUUGUAUUUAUUGCGGAUGUCUCUUCAACUUUAAUGAGUGUUGAUUAUUAUUUUAUUGUCUAGUGUUUUUUUGUUUUCUUAUAAAACAUCUAAUGAAAUGUGAUUCAAAUAAAAUAAAAAUUUGGGAAGUCA